AUGUAUCUCGACGUCUACUUCAAUGACAAUCAUUCUGAAGCCAAGUUCACCACUGUCAAUGCCGGCCUUUAUUCACUAUUUUGGGACUACAGUUUCCACGUCGUCGGACAGGAAAGGGACGAAUAUGUCGCUCAUGCUCAUUUGUGUCGCGACAACCUUGAGACUGUACUAUCAAGCCUGCCAUUGCAUUUGCCUGCAAACUCUGACACCAUUCCUGCUCUUCUUUUUGGUGCCUCCUAUGCCAUUGAACUCUCGAAACCUUCUCUUUCAUGGACCUUAUCAGCUAAAGGAUCGGAACUUUGCCAGACGCUGAGCUAUCACAGGCUUGCAUCGAUGAAAAAUGAUAAACAGGAAGAUUUCGAAUACAAACAGUUUCUGUUUUGGAGCAUCUACUUCAUUGACAAGAGCCUGUCUCUGCGUCUAGGACGGCCCUCAACAAUUCCUGAUUGGGAUAUCACAGUACCACAGCCAUCGACUAACGAUACUAUAUCUGAGGCGGUUCUAGCCUACUUCGCUAUAUCUAUCGAGACGGCGCCAUGUCAAGGCAAUAUUUAUGAGAUGCUAUAUACCCCCAAUUCCAUGGCACAGCCCGACCAGGUAAAGCAGUCUCGGGUCGAGGCCUUGGUGUCUGAUUUGCAGAACCUGGAUGCAAAGAUCUGGGAAACCAAUGAAAAAUGGUUCAACGAAGCAAAGAAGGAGUCCGGUGAGGAUUUAAUAAACUUCUUUCACAUUUCAGACAAGGUCCUCCGCCUAUCCCUCCUCACACUUGUUCACCGAGCCGCACCACCCAUAACAGGCUCUACCACGACCUUCAACUAUAACUGUGUUGCCGCCGCAACAGCAACUUUACAGAAACAUGAAGAAUGCGUCGCGCAUAUGCACAGGAGCGCAACACCUUACCUUUCGACUUACAUACAUUGGACACUUUUAUUUGCUCCCUUUAUUCCGUUUAUCGUCAUGUUCUGCCAUGUUAUCGAAAGUCAGAAUGAGGCGGAUCUGACCCGCCUCCAAGACUUUGCUACUUCCAUCGAGUCUGCAUCUUCUGUUUCUGAGCCCGCCGCUAAGAUACAACGCCUCUUCCAGGUUCUCUGCACAAUUGCUGUGGAUUAUGUGAAGUUUCGCCAUUCGACAAUGCUAGUGGGCGGGUGUCAAGAUAGCUCAAAGAUAUAUGAUUAUCUAGACGCGCUAGGAUUCGCCUCUACCAGUGGUGGCAUCUCCAGCCUAAAAGAUCAUCUCCUCACUCAGGAUGAUGGCAGCGAUAGAGAAGUUGAAAAAGAAGGUGGAACAACAGGUCUAGAUACGUUGAACGGUGAUCUGCGAGCGAUGAAUCCGAUGAUGUGGACGGCGAAUAGCGCAGAAUUAGAGGAAUGGCUGGGAAAUAAUCACUUUAUGACAGGGUUGAUAUAG